AUGGGGAUCGAUCUUAAGGCUGGGGGUAAGAGCAAAAAGACCAAAAGAACAGCACCAAAGUCCAACGACAUCUACCUCAAACUACUUGUCAAGCUUUAUCGCUUCCUUGUUCGAAGGACCGGCAGCAAUUUCAAUGCUGUGAUACUUAAGCGCUUGUUCAUGAGCAAGGUGAACAAGCCUCCAAUUUCUUUGUCAAGGUUGAUUAAGUAUACAAAGGGGAAGGAGGAUAAAAUUGCUGUUAUAGUGGGGACUGUAACUGAUGAUAUCAGAGUAUAUGAAGUUCCACCAUUGAAAAUCACAGCACUCAAGUUUACAGAGAGAGCACGUGCAAGAAUAGAAAAGGCAGGCGGUGAAUGCUUGACGUUUGAUCAGCUUGCCCUUAGGGCUCCUUUGGGACAGAAUACGGUCCUUCUAAGAGGCCCCAAGAAUGCUCGGGAAGCUGUGAAACACUUUGGUCCUGCUCCUGGUGUGCCACACAGCCAUACCAAGCCCUAUGUACGAUCUAAGGGAAGAAAGUUCGAGAGGGCUAGAGGAAGGAGGAACAGCAGAGGAUUUAGAGUUUAA